CAAGAAGAUCAUAAAGGUAAAACCACUCAUUCUCUCUUUCGCUAAAGCUCUCCAAAAGAAGAAGAAGAUAACAUGGCGACAAGCGCAUCUGCUUUGCUCACACCCUCAACUUUCUCCACUGUAAUCUCCCAGAAAAACCCGAACUCCAUCUCAUUCCACGGCCUCCGUCCUCUCCGCCUCGGUGGCUCCUCCUCCUCCUCCUUACCCAAGCUAUCCACCACCGCCGGAAGAAGAUCUUCCUCCGCCGUCGUGAGAGCCGAGCUCAGCCCAUCCGUCGUUAUAAGCCUCAGCACUGGUCUCUCCCUCUUCCUUGGCCGGUUCGUCUUCUUCAACUUCCAGAGAGAGAAUGUGGCCAAACAGGUUCCGGAGCAGAACGGCAAAACCCACUUCGAAGCCGGAGAUGAUCGUGCCAAGGAAUACGUUAGCCUCUUGAAAUCGAACGACCCUGUUGGAUUCAACAUCGUCGAUGUUCUUGCUUGGGGUUCUAUUGGUCACAUCGUUGCUUACUAUGUCUUGGCCACUUCUAGCAAUGGCUACGAUCCUAGCUUCUUUGGCUGAUUCUCUCCCUUGUUUAUGUAUAUUGUUGUACUCGUAUCUCAAGCUACCUAAUGUAUUCUCUUAUCUAUGUUUCUUCCACUUCUAUUGUUAUUGUCUAGAACAUUAAUCUCUCUUCGUUUGCAACAUUUAAAAAUAUUUCGUCAUCUAGA